AAAGAUUACAAUUUUGCCGUAUCCCGUGAACCCCCCUUGUCCUGCAUAACCUCAUUUAUAACCAAAAAAUAUUAAAUAAUAACAUUUUAAUCAUGAAUUUUAUUUUAUCCAGUAUCAAACAAAUAUUAAAUCCUCAAAAAAUAUUUGAAAGUGUUUAUCGUAAUGCUAGCAAAAAGACUGGUGGAAGUACCAAAAACACAAGUACUAAAACUAGAGCUAAGCAUAGGGGUUGGAAGAGGCAAGAUGGACAUAAAGUAACUGAAGGUACUAUUCUAGUAUUGCAAAGGACACUUCGUUUUCAUCCAGGACUCAAUGUGGGAAUGGGAAGAAAUGGAACGUUGUUUGCCAUGGUGCCUGGUAAAGUAGUUGUUACUUGUGAGAAGGCUAAUCCAAAGUGGUCUCAUACUUGGGUGGAUAGAUGUCAUGGACAUCGAAUGGGAACUGAAUUCUACAAAAAAUAUUUCAAUGUGUUACCAGAGAAGCAACACCAAGAUUUCAAGUUAAUAGAGCAAAUUUAAAUAAUAUAUCUAAGUAGUAAUAAAAUAAUUAUUCUAUUAGUUA